GGGAUUAUCGGGGGCUCUUCCGGGAGCUGGUGUUUCACUUUAUACAUCCAUGAUUGUCAAACAUGGCAUCUCUUGAUCGAGUCAAAGUAUUAGUGUUGGGUGACUCGGGUUGUGGGAAAUCUUCACUGGUUCAUCUCCUAUGUCAGAACCAGGUUUUAGGAAACCCGUCCUGGACUGUAGGCUGCUCCCUGGACGUUCGGAUUCAUGACUACAAAGAGGGGACCCCAGAAGAGAAAACCUACUACAUUGAGCUUUGGGAUGUGGGAGGCUCGGUGGGCUGUGUUAGCAGUAUCAAGAGCACCCGAGCAGUCUUCUACAAUUCAGUUAAUGUAUGUUUUCCCUCAGGUAUUAUUUUAGUACACGACUUGACCAACAAGAAAUCCUCCCAGAACCUCUACCGAUGGUCACUGGAGGCCCUUAACAAGGACUCCUCACCCACAGGGGUCAUCGUCUCUAACGGUGAUUAUGACCGCGAGCAGUUUGCUGAGAACCCAGUGCCUCUGCUGCUGAUCGGCACCAAGUUUGACCAGAUCCCGGAGAACAAGCGCAGCGACGUCUUGAACCGGACCGCCUUCUUGUCUGAGGACUUCAACGCAGAAGAGAUCAACCUGGACUGCACCAACCCGCGGUACCUUGCUGCUGGCACGUCCAACGCUGUCAAGCUAAGCCGGUUCUUCGACAAGGUGGUUGAGAAGAGAUACUUUACAAGAGACCCGAGUCAGAUGGCAGGUUUUACAGACCGGAAACGUUUUAACUUUAAAAGCCUGCACUAUGACUGACGUGGCACUUCUACAGCCUCCCGGCAGACUGUUCAGGGGGUUUUCGUCUAGCGGUGAAAGUUGAAAGGUUUAGCUUGGUCCACCAGAACACAUGAAUGUGCAACCACAAACUGGUGUCCAAACUCCAUUGCUUGUAAAUAUAUAACUGAAACUAUCACAAUGGUGUAUAGAGGCAAUCAUUAUUUCCAGUGGUUCAUAGUUGGUAAAAUGAAUAGCAAGUUAAUGACUGAUGUUUUCAAUAAAGAUUGUCUAAUUUGAUUGUGUUUAUAUCACCAAUGUAUGAUGACUCAAAGGUGUUUCCACACAGAGGUCACCAACACAAGGCCUCAGAGACCCCAUGAGGUAGCCAGGUCAUAGUAGUCACAGUAUAUUGUUACCAAUGUAGACCAAUCAGCAGUGGUCGUUUGAGGCUGUCCAGUUAUACUGUACUGCUAUUUCUAACCUAGGGUACCUAGUGUAAAGGAGCAGUUACUCAUGAAAACGUGGACACUUGGGGUCGUCAAAUCGACAGUAAAAGUGGUAAAAUGAAAAGCAAGUCAAUGAACAAUUGAAUUUACACACUAGCAAUAAUUACAGAAAAAAAAAAUGCAGGGAUACUGUUCAAAAGGUUAAGGUGGAUGACCUAGACCCUUUUUUCAUCACCCUCUUAAUCCACUGCAUAAAGGAUGGGAUCUUCAUGAAGACUUGUAGAUACACAUGGGCUGUGUCACAUUUAACCUCGAAAUGAAUUGAUACUUUUUGCAUUAAAGAUGAAUGUUUCUCAUGUGGCGUAAAUUGUGCAUUAUCCUCGACUAUACAGUCCAUGUGAUGAUGUGAGGUCAAAUGUGUCAAAUAAACUUAUGACUAUCAUAAUGACACAUCUGAAGGUCUGUUCACGCACUAAUUAAACUUCAAAGCCCCGACACCAUGACGCUGAGUGGGGUCUGUGAGAAGUUUAUUCUGAAUGGUGGAUAUUUUGGCGCGCAGACGUUGGCGCGUCAAAAGGUGCAGAAGCAGAUAAACGCGCAUUCAAGACAAUUACAGUGUCGAACCAGUGCUGAGCUCCAUGGUGCUGAAAGACCGAAAGUUACAGUUAUUUACUUAAAGCAACAGUUGGCCAACGGCAGCUUGACAUAGCAGUCGCCCACGGAUAAACAAACAAGGCUGAAACGACCAAACCGGCCUUUGAUCAAUAGCGAUAUUCAAGCAAAUAAUAAUUGUAUGUCUG